GGGGUUCUACGUCUCACGUGGUUCCGGCAGUCAAGAUGGCGGGAGCAGCCAGCCCGGUUUCCCUGGAGUCAGCCCCGCGGAUCAUGCGUCUGGUGGCCGAGUGCAGUCGCUCCAGGGCUCGGGCGGGCGAACUGCGGCUGCCUCACGGACCGGUGGCCACUCCAGUGUUCAUGCCAGUGGGCACUCAGGCCACCAUGAAGGGUAUCACAGCCGAGCAGCUGGACGCCCUGGGCUGCCGCAUCUGCUUGGGCAACACCUAUCAUCUGGGUUUGAGACCGGGCCCUGAGCUGAUCCAAAAAGCCGACGGUCUCCAUGGCUUCAUGAAUUGGCCCCACAAUUUGCUGACAGACAGCGGUGGUUUCCAGAUGGUGUCCCUAGUAUCCCUGUCCGAGGUGACGGAGGAGGGCGUCCGCUUUCGCUCCCCCUAUGACGGCGAUGAGACCCUUUUGAGCCCAGAGAGGUCUGUGGAAAUCCAGAAUGCACUGGGCUCAGAUAUCAUCAUGCAGCUGGACGAUGUGGUCAGCAGCACUGUGACAGGUCCACGUGUGGAAGAAGCCAUGUACAGGUCAAUCCGCUGGCUGGACCGGUGCAUUGCAGCCCAUCAGCAACCGGACAAGCAGAACCUGUUCGCCAUCAUCCAGGGUGGGCUGGAUGCGGAUCUGCGGGCCACCUGCCUUGAAGAGAUGACCAAGAGGGAUGUGCCAGGCUUCGCCAUCGGAGGCCUGAGUGGGGGCGAAAGCAAGGCCCAGUUUUGGAAGAUGGUGGCGCUGAGCACCUCCAGGCUACCUAAGGACAAGCCUCGCUACCUGAUGGGGGUUGGCUAUGCUACCGAUUUGGUGGUCUGCGUGGCUCUUGGAUGUGACAUGUUCGACUGUGUGUAUCCCACAAGGACAGCGCGCUUUGGCUCUGCCCUGGUGCCCACAGGCAACCUGCAGUUGAAGAAGAAGCAGUAUGAGAAGGACUUUGGCCCCAUAGACCCUGAGUGCACCUGCCCCACUUGCAAGAAGCACAGUCGGGCCUUCCUGCACGCUCUGCUCCACAGUGACAACACAGCCGCCCUGCACCACCUCACUGUCCACAACAUCGCCUACCAGCUGCAGCUGAUGAGUGCAAUGCGCACUAGUAUCGUGGAGAAGCGUUUCCCUGACUUCGUGAGGAACUUCAUGGGCACCAUGUAUGGGGACCACACCCUUUGUCCCACCUGGGCCACUGAAGCCCUGGCUUCAGUGGGAAUAACACUGGGCUGACCUGGCCCAGGGAAAGGGAGGUUGGGGCUGGAAGAUACUGAAGGAUUUUUUUAAGCUUUUAAAAAUUCUAAUGUAGUGUGUGUCUGUUUUCUUUUGGGGACAUGCCUGUCCGCAUUACCUUCUCACUGUAAGCAUGUGUGACCCUCCCACUAAGAGUAAGACUUGACCCCAUGGCUCAGUGGUAGCCAAAGUACUUAAGCAUCUAGGAAUCCUUGGGUUCCAUCCCCAGCACUGCAGUGGAAGAACCAUGGCAGCAGCUGGUAACUGGAAACCAUUUGGCAUAGCCCAGCAUGUAGGAUGUGGCCUCAGGGUAGGAGCUAAAUCCUUUUUCUUGCGGCUCGGGCUCCCCAACCACUCUGGAGGUGAGCAUUCUUAUUCAUUGACAGGUGAAGAAACAGGCCCGGGGAGAGGAAAUAGCCUACCAAAGGUCACCAUCAAGCAAGUGGCAGUUUGUCUCUGGUGCUCUUGCUUUCAGUCUUUUUUUAUUUUGGGUACUGGGGAUUGAAUUCAGGGGUACUAGAACACUCAGCCACAUCCCCAGACCUAUUUUGUAUUUUUAUUUAGAGACAGGGGCUCACUGAGUUGCUUCAUGCCUUGCUUUUGCUGAGACUGGCUUUGAACUCAAGAUCUCCUGCCUCAGCCUCCUGAGCCUCUAGGAUUACCGGUGGGCGCCACCAAGCCCAACUAGUCUUGACUCUUAAUUGAAUAGGGCCUCACCUAUGUUAGGCAAGUGCUCCAAUCCUAAGCUAUGUCCCCACAAGUGCUGCUCUUUUAAAUUUUAUUUUGAGACAGGGUAUCACUAAGUUGCCCAGACUACUUGGAACUUGUGGUUCUCCUGCCUCAGCCUUCCAAGUAGCUAGGAUUACAGGCAUGUGCCACCAUGCCUGGCAUUUAGUCUCAACUCUGUAGUCAUGUGGCACAGUGUAGCUCUUGGUAAAUGCAAUGAAUAUACAUAUGAUGUA